AUGAAGAUUCCCUUGCCAGCAUCACAGAUAGUGAAACGUUUCAUCUUUGUUGAGGGUCUAACACAUAGUAGCUGCCUACGGUUCCUUUCUCACUGGAAUGAUUCUGUCAUUACCCAGAACCAUAAACGUAUAAGUGCUGAUGUUGAUGUUGCCUCUUCCUACAAGCAAUUGUUGAUGGACAGAUUUGUGUCUCUCCUCACUUCUUCUUCCAAUUUAGCAUCCUUGCAUCAAGUCCAUUGCCAACUCUUGGUCACCGGUUUUCAACACAGUAACCUUUUGGCUGCCAAGCUGAUAACGUCUUAUUCACUUUAUGGUGGUAUCUUAUUUUCUCGCCUUAUCUUUGAUAAUGCUAGGGAGAAGCACAUCUUCCUAUGGAAUGCAAUUAUUAGGGCUUAUGUCAAAAAUGGACACAACCUAGAGGCUGUGAGCUUAUACUCCCAAAUGCUUAGCCAUGGGUCGUUGCCAGAUAAAUUCACCUUUCCAUUUGUUCUCAAAGCAUGUGCUGAGUUAUCUUACUCUUUCAUUGGGCAAGCAACACAUUGUCGUCUUAUUAUCAUUGGUUUGGACACUGAUGUUUACAUGGGGACUGCUUUAUUGCAUAUGUACGCAAGAUGUGGGCUAAUGGACCAUGCACGACGAUUGUUUGAUGAAAUGCCUAUUAGGGACUUGGUUUCUUGGAAUUCAAUGAUUUCUGGAUGUGCACAAAAUGGUCGUGCUGAAGAGUCAUUGAUGUUGUUUCGUGAAUUGCAGCUAUCAGAGAAUUUGGUUACAGUCGACGCGUUUACAAUUGUUGCUGUCCUUUCUGCUUCUGCUCAUUUAGGCUCUUUAGGUUAUGGUAGGUGCAUUCAUGGUUUCUUGAUGAGAAAUAGAAUAGAACUUAAUGCGAUUGUUGGAACUGCACUUAUAGACUUGUAUUCCAAGUGUGGAAGUAUAGACAUGGCCCGUCAGGCAUUUGAUUUGAUAGAGAGACCUGAUGUCAUUUCUUGGGGUGCCCUGAUUACUGCAUACGGUGUUCAUGGACAAAGCAAUAAUGUGGUCCAGGCCUUUUCAGAGAUGUUGUUAAAUAAUGUGAAACCAGAUUAUGUUAUGUUUGUGUCUCUACUUUCUGCUUGUAGUCAUGCUGGCCUUGUUGAUUAUGGUUUGAAGUGCUUCAAAUCCAUGUCCUUAGAGCAUAACAUAAUGCCUGGGAUUGAGCAUUAUGCAUGUGUGACUGAUCUUCUAGGUCGUGCUGGUCGUUUACAGGAGGCUUAUGAUUUCAUCAAAGCAAUGCCAAUUGCACCCAAUACAUGUGUUUGGGGAGCAUUGCUCGGUGCUUGUCGGAUUCAUCGAAAUCCUGAACUUGGAGAGGUUGCAGCACAAGAGCUAUUUCAACUCCAAACUAAGGAUACUGGGCAUUUUGUUUGCCUUUCUAACAUAUAUGCUGAUGCUGGGAGAUUAGAUGAUGCAGAUAAACUUAGAAUUGUGAUGAAAGACAAAGGAUUGGCAAAGGUUCCUGGAUGCAGUUUUAUAGAGCAUGGUAGGAUUAUUCACAGUUUUUUGGUGGGAAAUGCAUCGCAUCCUCAGUUUGAAGAGAUUCAUUUAAUGUUAAAGAGUUUAGCAGCACGAAUGGAGGAAGUGUGCUCUGAAAUACCAAGGAGCACUGUGAUUGGUGAUCUAAACUCUCCUUUGAAAAAUCAUAUUUUCUCUAUUCAUAGUGAGAUGUUGGCAAUUGCAUUUGGGAUCAUCAAUACAGCUCCAGGUACAACCAUUAGGAUCAGCAAAAACCUUCGAGUCUGUGAAAAUUGCCACAGUGCUACUAAGUUGAUAUCAAAGAUUGUGGAACGAGAAAUCAUUGUGAGGGAUGCAAACCGUUUUCAUCAUUUUAAAGGUGGUAGUUGUUCGUGUGGUGAUUACUGGUGA